AUGGAUCUUACGCUCAACCUCAUCCAAAUCACACAGCCCCAGCAGGUGUGGAGGGGACAGAUCAGGACAGAGAAGUUCCAGAGGGAAACCGAGCCGGAGGGAGCAGAUAAAAAGUUGGUGUCCUCGCAGGCCAGCGACAUGAGGAUGCUUCACCUUAUGGCCAAAGCAAUGGGGGACCUCCUAUCAGACUGCAGCCCCCUCAUCAGCGCAGCAGCCUCAGGUAAGCUCCGUCUGGUCCGCCUGCUGGUGGAAGGCGGGGCUCAGGUCAAUGGACGCAGCCCCAGAGGGGAGACGGCUCUGCUGGCUGCGUGUAAGGCCCCGAGGGGGGAGCCUGCUGGGCCUGAUACGGUGAAGCUCCUCACAUACCUGCUCCAGAACAAGGCGGAUCCAAACGCACAGGACCAUGCCGGCCGUACCGCUCUAAUGUACGCCUGUAUGGAGCGAGCAGGAGCUCAGGUGACAUCCACCCUGCUGUCUGCAGGGGCAGAUCCCAGCAUGGAGGACUACUCUGGAGCCUCGGCUUUGGUGUACGCGAUCAAUGCACAGCACCAACCGACGCUGGAGGUGCUGAUGGAUGCCUGUCGGGCCAGGGGUCGCGACAUCAUCAUCAUCGCCACGGAGAGGGGUGUGAAUGGCGGCCCAGUGACCAGACGUUGCCUGAAUGUUCCUCCGUCCCCUGACACCUCGCCGGUGUCCUGCAUGUCCCCGUCUGACGUCGUCCUCAUGACGGACUCUCCCAGAAUCUUCAACUUCAGAGCAAGCGGACACAAGAGGAAGAUGUGGUGCCAGGGUGAGGUGAAGCCCACCCUUGUGGUGCAGUACAGGGGAAGCAGCAGCAGCAGCAGCAGCAGCAGCAGCAGCAGACAUCCCUCCUGUGAGCUGAGUCCACUGAGCCAGUGUCACACUCCACCUCCUCGACAGAGGAUGUUAUCUGAACCAUGGCUGGCCGUUCACAACCUGGCCUGUCUGGGCAGAGCUUACGAGGGCGGCAUAAGGGAGAGGAGCCUGCAGGAGGAGGGAGACGGGGAGGAUUUAAGAAGUGAGGGAGGAGGGAGUGAAGGUGAGAAAGGCGAGGGUGAGGAGUCACAUUUCCACCGGUCCAGGAUGGAGGAGAGGAGGGUUCAGAGGGGGGUUUCCAGAUAUGGAGGAGAGAAUAACAGCUGCCAUGACGAGUUCCUUCCGAGGGUGUCUCAGUCAGUCCUCUCCCUCAAAGAGAUGAGUUCGUCUCAGGGAGCUUGGAGCAGACUGGUCCCCAACAGGUGUCUGACGCCUCGAGCGCCAACGUUGGACAACAUGACCCAAGAGAGCUCUGUCGAUAAGCUUCCUGCCUGCCCGUCAACGUGUUCCCGACUCCGCAGGAAUACCCUGCCCUCCGUCAUGGUAGUCCCGCCUCUGCUUCACCUCCCUCCCUUGGUCAACCAAUCAGACUCUCGCCUACAGGUGCCAACCCAGGUUUCCCUCUCCAAAAGCAGGAGCAUGGUGUCUCUGCCUCAUCAGCCCCGUUCCUCUACACCCUCCUCUUCAUCCAGAUCACCUCUGAGACCAGCACUGCUCCCUCCGCUCCCCCCUGCCUUCUCUGCCACCUCGCUGGUUGCUCCUCCUGCCUCCUGCUGCAGCAAGAGGAGCAGGUCGUCACCACGUCGUCACUCAGUGCAGCUUGAACAGAUCAGAGUUGGAGUGCAGAUGAAGCACUUGGGCAUCUGA